GAGGUUAAGAAACCGAUAGGACCCAACCUUUCGUACCGAGGACGUAUUAACGGAUUGUAUGUACCACGCGGCGAAUCGUCCAUUUUUACAACAAUCAGUGUACUAAACAGGAGUAAAAAUGUCUAUCCGGCCGGUAUAUCGACCAAAAAUUGUGAAGAAGAGGACGAAAAAGUUUAUCAGGCAUCAAAGCGACCGAUAUGAUAAACUUAAGCGCAACUGGCGUAAACCAAAAGGUAUUGAUAACAGAGUCCGUAGACGAUUUAAGGGCCAGUAUUUGAUGCCCAACAUUGGUUAUGGUAGCAACAAGAAAACGCGUCAUAUGUUACCAACUGGCUUCCGCAAAGUCCUUGUACAUAAUGUAAAGGAAUUGGAAGUGCUAAUGAUGCAGAAUCGCAAAUUCUGUGCAGAGAUUGCACACGCAGUGAGCAGCAAGAAGCGGAAAUCCAUUGUCGAGCGUGCUCGACAGCUUUCAAUACGUGUGACGAAUGCCAGUGCACGCUUGCGUUCGGAAGAGAAUGAGUAAGCGUGCUUUCGUGUAUUUUGGCAAUAAAAUGUUAAAAAUAUAUUAUCUGUACCUCUU